CGGCCCAGAAUCAGAAACAGCUACUUACUUCCGCAUUUUAUAUCAAUCGAAGUCAUGGUUCGAUGAUACGCACUCACUAAUUGUAAACAAUGAAGUCAAUUAAAGGACACAUUUUUCAACAAUGACAGUUCAGAGUGAAGUUAUGGCAGUGGAUGAGGACUCAAAACCAAGGCUGUCUGUCUUCUCCAAGGUAAGGCUACUCAAUGUCACACUUUGACAUUGAAGAAUUAUCGAUUCAACCUGGAAAAAACAAUAUCGACAGAAAAUCCAUGAAAGUAUCAUUCUCAAAAAUAUGACAACAUAUUCCUAAGGUGUCUGAAAACAAUUGUUGAUUUAAAAUGUUGCCAUAUACAUUGUAAACCUUUGGCCAGCAUAGUCAACUUCCUACAAGGUUUAUUUAUCCCUACAUUGUAUAUCCAAGAAGAUUGAACAACAACACCUAAGGCAAAAAGUUUUUCAUUUUUUAGUCUUAAGGACUUGUCACGUACAUAAUUAUUUUGAUAAUAUAUCACCAUAAACCCAAAGGGGGAUGCUUAAAACACCCCUGUCUGCUCCCAGCAGUCUUGUAUUAAUGCACCAGCAUCUGAUGCUUGUAUUGUUUUUGCAGGCUGUGUUCUUACUUUUACACUGAAUGAUUUAAACCCCAAAGUGGCAUGAAAGGCUUCUUCCAAGUUACCUCAAAUGUCAAUCCGGCCCCAAUGUCAGUCCAGCCCCAGUCGAUCUGGCCCCCAAGUCAUUCCAGCCCCAGUUGAUCUGGUCCCAAGGUCAGUCCAGCCCCAGUUGAUCCGGCCCCAAUGUCAGUCCAGCCCCAGUUAAUCCGGCCCCAAGGUCAGUCCAGCCCCAGUCAAUCUGGCCCCAGGGUCAGUCCAGCCCCAGUCAAUUCGGCUCUAAGUUCAGUCCAGCCCCAGUCAAUCCGGCCCCAAAUCAUUCCAGCCACAAUUACCGAAGUGAUUCCAUCCCCAUAUACAUUUUAUGGGUAUUUUCUUUUUACCAACCAUAUUAUGGAAUGAAAAAUCCUUAUACACAUGUAUAUGUUUGAUAAAUAACAAAUAUUGUUUGAAGAUAUAAAAUUAAAUAGUUUUGAUUUAUCAAAUUUCACUUUACAAAUAAUAAUCAUCAAUAUGAAACUGAUAAUAAUUAUGUUGCUUUUAGACUAAAAUACUUAAUGAACCCAAGCUAAUCAUCAUCCAAUAAUUCUAUCAGGCGAUUAUAAUUAUGGACAUGAAAUGUACACAAGCCAGUCUGAAUAUGGCAGCAAUUAGCUACUUAAUGCUUUUUUUUAAAAAUGGUUUAUAUGUUAAAAAAUAUGUAGGCUGAUCAAAAGCAAAAGUCUCAUGUAAGACACAGUUUACCAUGUGUUUGUGACGUCAUUUGUAAAUGAUCAUAAUCUUUAUGGUACAGUACAGUCUACUAAGUAAAAUCUUGAUUAAAAGUAAUUCAUAUAUAUAUAGAUAUGAAAUAAAAGAUAAAAAGUAGAAGGUUUAAAAAAUUUGUGAGGCAAACCUGUUGAAGUUCUUUAAAGUUUAAAUUUUAGGGCUGAUAUCAGUCAUUACUGAUCAUGAACCAAAUUGUUUUAGGUGUCAGUUUUUUGUAUGCACAUUUAAUAGAGGUUUUUGUUUUAUUUUAUUCACAGAAUACACUGUAUUUAUGUCUUUAUUAACACCCGACAGGCACGUAACCAGGAAGAAAAUGAAAUGUAGUUUGCACACAAAGUAUGGCAGAGGGUCUGGGUGUCGCUCUUGGGGCCCCCAAUUUGUCCACGGUCAAAGUCUUCAGAAGCUCUUGGGUUUUACCAAUGAAAUCACAUAUUUUUCAUGCUUAAUAAGAAUAGGAUUUCUUGUCAUUUUCAAAAACAAAAAGAAUUCACAAGAUUAAUUUUCUAAAGUGUUAUAUCAUUGUUUAUAGUGCCAACUCACCUGGUGUUCUUGGACUGACUUGACCAAUUUCAACCAAACUUUGCACAAAACAUCCUUAGGUGAAGAGAUUCAUGUUUGUUCAAAUGAAGGGCCACACUCCUUUCCAAGGGGAGAUAAUAGCAAAGUAGUGAAAAUAUAUUGAUGACUUUUAAAAAUCUUCUUCUCCAGAACCACUGAGCCAAUUUCAACCAAACUUAGCACAAAGCAUCCUUAGGUAAAGGGGAUUCAUGCUUGUUCAAAUGAAGGACCACUCUCCUUUCCAAGGGGAGGUAAUAGCAAAAUAGUGAAAAUAUAUUGAUGACUUUUAAAAAUCUUCUCCAGAACCACUGAGCCAAUUUCAACCAAACUUGGCAGAAAUCAUCCUUGGGUGAAGGGGCCCUGAGUGUACUAUAGGUCAGACCAUCAACUGUUUAAAUUAAGCCCUGAAUGUACUAUAGGUCAGACCAUCAGCUGUUUAAAUUGAGCCCUGAAUGUACUAUAGAUCAGACCAUCAGCUGUUUAAAUUAAGCCCUGAGUGUACUAUAUGUCGGACCAUCAGCUGUUUAGGACAAACCGCUGCCAGUGUAGUCCAAGCCUUUGCAGUACCUGGUAAAAUAAAGACAAGAAUCAGAGCUGAAACAUGUUUACAAACAGUAUGUCUCUUAUACAACUGAACAAAUCAAAGGCUGAUUGUGGUUAAUCCAUGUCUAUAUUAUGAUGACAUUUAUCAAUCUUAUAAAGAUGUAAAUUGAUAUCAGGGUGAUAUGCAUAUUUUGCAUGCAGUGGUAUGGGUUAAUUAUCUUGCAGUGCUGCACAGAUGCAGUUGUUUAAAUCUUUCUCUCUCCCACUCUUGUGUAGGAAACUGUAGUUUUGAAUAAAAUUCCGUCAUAGCUACAUGUCUACAUGUUUCAUGAAGUGUGACCUAAAUUUCAUUUAAUAUACCAUUGUGUAUUAAAUCUCUGUUCACUGAUGGGCUUGUAAUACAAAGGAAGUCCGCAGGAUGAAGAGUAAAAUAGGAUAAAUUUAACAGUAGAAAUUUUUAAAUCCCUGAAUCGUUGAUCUGUCAGAUGAUAGUAUUAAGGUCUUAAAUAUUUAUCAAUGUUGUCAAGUGACAGGAAAAGGAAUUUUAAACAUUUUGAUGACCAUGCAAAAUUUUUUAAGAUUUUAAUUUGUUUGAUCAAUAUAGUACGUAUCAUAACUAAGGGUCGGCAGUGUUAUUUGUUUCCUGAUUUAAGGACGUUUUAAAUGUGUGCAUAUGAUUUUUGACAUAGAGUACAGUUUAUAUACACAGACUGACUCCCAUCAUAACUAUAUGGAUUUUCUUCUGAAUGUUAUGAAAUGCUUCAAUUCCUUUCGCUGUUGGAUGCUGGAUUGACUUAUUUGUGUUGUGUGUAUAUACUUUACCUUUGUGAGGAGAUAUUGCUAAUUGUUGAAUGACGAAAGCUUGUAAGCUUGUUAUAGUCAAUUUUAAGGGGAAUCAAUGUUAUCACUAGUGCAUUGAUAUCAGUAUACAUAAAUCACUAUAAAUCACAAAUUCCUGGGGAAAAAUGGAAAAUCGUCAUAAGAUACCUCCGAAGGCUCCGUUUGUCAGUAAGAUGGAGAAAAUGAUAGUUGCCAUGGCAAAGUCAGACAAUGAAACUGGAAUUGUUAUGAGAGCAAAGAAAAAUCUAUUUAGUGACCAAAUUCAAUCUUUCUCAGGCUGUGAUAUCGUAGACUGGUUGAAGAAACAGUACAAAAUAACAGAUGUCAAGGAAGCUUGUUACCUAGCAACCAAUUUAUGCCAAUAUGGUUACAUUUAUCCCAUUGAUUUUAAACUUUCAAGUUACACUGUGAAAUACGACAGGUCUGCUGAUUAUAGGUUCCAGGCCCCAUACUUUUGGCCAUUUCGUAAAGAUGGUACAGCUGAUAGCAUCAAAUAUGCAAUAUAUCUACAGAAGAGAAGUCUAAGAAACAAACAGAAGCAUGGAUUAGAACCUUAUGAACAGGAGGCAUUUGACAAACUUCUGAAAGUGUUUGCAGACAAGAAAGAAUCCAUUGAGAGGCAAGCUAAAGAACAAGUUAGAAUGACCAAAGCAGGGCUAUAUUUUCAUGGCCAUCAGGUAUCUUCUCUUAGUGAAGCUAAAAGGCAGCGCCGGACGGAGAAGAUUUUGUUGGAUCUUCAGGAGAAGGCAUUUUGGAGAGUCCAUCGACCACCUCCUGGUUGUAUAAAGACAAUGGAGGAGGGACCAAAGAGGUAUUUCCAACCAAGUCAGAUGGCAGCACGAAGACGGAAGAACAAAGAAUCGUACAAGGCUAUGAUCAAGUUUUUACAAAGAGCCUUAGAAAGACCAAAGCCAAAACUUUCUAAAGUCCUUGAAAGUUAUUUGACCUGGAAUGAACAGUAUCAAGAGUAUGAUCCAUUCUUGGAUCCAAAUGCAGCACUUCCAUCCAAUCCGUGGAUCUCAGAUGACACACUGUUUUGGGAAGCCAAUGACACCUUUGUAAAGAUUCCAACGGAAUUAAGAGUAAAGAAAUGGGGCAUUAGCUUCUUUAACCUGAUGAAAGAUCAACAGGGUUUGAUUGAAUUUGAGAACUUCCUACUCACUGAAUACAGCCAGGAAAAUAUUCGGUUCUGGAAGGAAGUUGAAGACAUGAAGUAUGGUCCCAGGUCAAAGGUCGAGGCCACCAUGGAGAAAAUUUACAGAGAAUACUUAGCAGCAGGAGCACCAAAAGAAAUCAAUAUAGACAGUAAAACAUUAGAAACAGUAAACAGAAAUCGGGGGGAAAUGAAAGGAAAACCAGAUGCUCUAAGGUAUAUAUUUGAUCCGGCCCAGGAACAUAUAUAUCUACUCAUGAAGAAAGAUAGCUACCCCCGUUUUGUUCGAUCCGACCAGUACAUAAACCUGAAGGAAACGGCCCAUAAUCAGCCUAUGAAGAGAAGAUUCUUUGGAUUUGGAAGUGGAAAGACCCAGAUCAAGCGCCAGACCCCCAGUCCUAAGGUUCAUCGUCGCAGCACGUCUAGUGAACGGGAGGCGAGUUCGGACAUUAGCGGAGAUUCACCUGUUCACUCCAUCACGCCAAUGCAUUCCUACAGCACAGGGAACCUGAAGGACAUGGAUAUGAAACAAACUCCCACGUCUUCAAGCGUAAGAAUUAAACCAACAUAUAUUCAAGCAACUUCUGCAACUAUUGGUGGGCUUUCCCCCGGACAAACUAGGAGGCGCUCCGACGAACCAGGCCGCACAAGGUCAAUGAAUGCAAGCGACCCGAGGCGAAGGAGCAACCUGGAAGUUCCUCGUUCAUUUCCAAUCUUGACAGAUAAACGAAAGUCUGAUGCCACGCUGCUUAGUCUGAACGUCCCAGCUAAGAACAACAGCAUAGCACCAUGGGAAGGGAACCAGUAAAUGACCAGUUCACAGAAAUGUGAUACUACUGAUAGUUUAAAACAAAUGUUGCAUAUCAAUGCAUAAAAGAAUUUACUUGUAGAACAAUUUUGUUUUGUUUUGUAGACAAUCAUAUUCUAUCAAGUGACAUUCAAAAUGUGAAAUAGUAUUAGUGCAAUUGCACAUGACAUUUUUUCCCCUCCCCCCACCAUUUUUUCUAAUUUUGUGAUAUAUAUGAAUUGUUAACAUUAUUUUUGCACAGCUCAAAACCAUCUCUCCGAUAUUUCAAGAUAUUUUUGCCCCUUUAUUUUGUAUACAUACGUAUUUUUAGGUGCUAUAUUAUCUGCUUAUACCCUCUCCCUCUUGUGCUGCUUUAUAUUCAAUUACCAAUACCAUGUCAUAUUUUAGAAGUGAUCGAGCCAUUCUUGCUCUCUUUUUAUAGAACAAUGUUCCAUUUCUAAGCAAUGUAAAUAAAUUUUUUGAGAGUAUUCAUACACAUGAUACUUUGCGAUAAUGUCAGAGGGUAAUAUUUUUUUGUGUAUUAUGAACCGUAUAUUUCUUUUACUCUCAGGUAAAAUUGUCCAUGGCGUUUUUUACAAUGUACUGAUUUUCUUCUUGCCAAAAAAGAAUAUGUUAUUUGGUUCCAAAAUUUUAAAGAACUCUUUUGCUUUUAAAACUGAAUGAUAGAAUGAUUUAUGAAAAUGGAACAUAAAUGCAUGUUUUUAAGAAUUGAAAAGGAACAUUAAGACCUCUCUAUAGAAAUUUGACAAGGUAUGGUGCCCUUUAUUUUUAGUAAUUCUGUGGAAUCAUCAUUGUUCGCGGGGGAUUGAUGAUUGUGGAUUCCGUUGGUCACUCCAUGUAUUUACGUGUCCUCGAACGUUUUUUUAAAGCAAGUAGAGUUAUCUCUCCUAGUGACAUCGUAUCACUUGCCCAUGAAAUUGCGUCCCCACGAACGAGCAAAAUUUUGCUUACCCACGAACAUUGGCCCCCACGAUUUAAAAUGAUUCCACGGUAUAUAUUUCAGUGAAUGAUCGUGCUGGUCUAUAAGUAACAUGUUACACUGUGAUGUUGUUUGAGUUGAAGUAUCCUCUGUCUUUCUGGAUAGUGUACAUUCCAGGCUUUGCACACAUUAAAUGUUUUACCUAGACAUGAGAUCUCAAACAGAUCUUGUACACUGUAGACAACAGAACGUGUAUGUUAACUUUGUAACAGAAUGCUAGACAUAGUUGUAAUGUGGCUAAAAAUAUGCUGAAUUGGGUAAAAAAAAAUCAGUAGAUUUUAGGGGGAAUUUCAUAUAGCUGAGAAAUAAUAGAUUGUUCCUUUACAGUAUUGUAUAGUAUCAUAUGUGAUAGUUAGGCUGUAUAGAUAGUGUCAUGUCAAAAUCAUGGUACAUCUAGAUUCUAAGUACUUAUUGAGACAAAGUACUUAUAGCUACAUUGAGUCCAUGAGGCAAAUGAGUACUUAUAUAGAGACAGUACUUAUAGAGACAUAGUACCUAUAGAGACAGAGUACUUAUAGCUACUGAAUACUAAUAGACAAUAAGAAAUAUGCUGACACAUCUAGUCAUUAGUACCAAAUGUUUUGAGAAAUUCCAUGUCAAUGGCAAUUUGAAACAAAUAACAAUUUGAAAUAUUUCCUUUGAUUGAAAAUUAUCUUCUAUUUACUAAUACUGUAAAAUUAUCUUCUAGUAACCACUGUGAAAUUAUCUUCUAUCGACCGAUACUAUAAAAUUAUCUUCUUUUGACCGAUACUGUACUUUCCCUUGAUUGAAAAUUAUGUUUUUACUUAAGGAUAACAUGGAUUUAUUUAAAUAUUUUGUUUUUACUUGAGGAUAACAUGGAUUUAUUUAAAUAUUUUAUAUUUAAAUAUUUUAUGUUUUUACCUGAGGAUAACAUGGAUUUAUUUAAAUAUUUUAUGUUUUUACUUGAGGAUAACAUGGAUUUAUUUAAAUAUUUUGUUUAAAACCACCACAGGCUUCGUCCUGACCUGUAUCAGAUAAUGAUUGUUGUGUUUUUGUUUAUAGACAUGACCAGUAUCAGAUAAUGAUUGUUGUGUUUUUGUUUAUAGACAUUUUUGUUAAAUAGUGUGUAUGAUGGUAAACUGAAAAAGGACACUCUGGGCAAGUUUUGAUAAAAAAUAUAUACAUGAACCAUAACAUACUUACCACCCAUUAUAAUGAAGUGCAAUCUAUAAUCACUAUGUAUUCCUACUUUUACCCUAACUUUAUAAUGUUAUAAUGAAGUGCAAUCUAAUCACUAUGUAUUCCUACUUUUACCCUAACUUUAUAAUGCUAAUGUAUAUCUAUAUAUAUAUCUAUAUAUUUUACAUGUCUAGUCUUAUAUCUGUAUUGUGUCAAAUUCAGAAAUUCCACAGACUUAUAGUACAUAAUACUAUACAUAAUUUUGUGUUCAGAUUACUAACUAGAUACCACAUAAUGGUAUAUUAUGCUACAUAUAUAAUUAUAUAUAUGCUAUCCUAUGUAGAUGCACAAUUGUGCAGUAGGUGUUUAUCGGUAUUAUGCUAAAUAUAUAUACUAUCCUGUGCAGGUGCACCAAUUUGCGCAAGGUUUUGAUUGAUUGGUUGAAGUAUAAAUGUACUUAUACUAAGUGCAAUAUGUUCUAGUCAGAUGUGUCAAAAUCCAGUGCAUGUAAAAUUAAAUUUUUAUUCAUCUAUUGCAUAUGAUGAAAGAAAAUGAAGGGAGAUAUCUUUCAAAAAAUGAUCUCUGAAAGCAUUGUCAUGUUAAUGAUGUUACAAUGAAUUUUUUUUUAUUAUUAUCAUGUGAAUUGGAGAUAAAUAUUAAAACAAUUAUUGAUUUAAUGUGAAAUGAUGAUUUUAUGUUAAUUAUGGGUACGAAAGUAAGCAGAUGGAAAGAAAAAAGAAUUUGAAAUUUAGAUAAUAAAAUUUCUGGAGAUCUUAUGGUUUCUUACAGCCUCAGUGAUUGUUGUGUCGUUGAUCACUAUGCUUAGCCUAUUGUAUAGACAUUUACAUAAUUGUAUGUAUUAACUGGAAUAAAAUUCCAUUGUAUUAAUGUGUAAUAGAGAGACUGUUUAUAUGUACACUGUAUUAAGGUUUCUUAACAAGAGUUGCGAUAUCCUUAUUCUAAACAACAACAAAAAUUCCUUUUAUUACUAAAUGAUUGUUUACUUAAUCAACAGAUUUGCUUUAUACUCAUUAUAUUAAACCAAGAAAAGAAUGAAAA